CGACCCGGAAGUGAAACGGGGGAACUUCCGUUCUUUGUUCUGUCCCGGGUGUGUGGGUCUGUGGUAGGGUCCAACAGGGCCUCUUCGGUGUCUGGCCCCCCAAAAUCUCCCGUCCUUUCCCCCAGGCAUUGGCAUCAACUAAAGUCAGAAUUCCCAGGAACUGCACAGAAGCUGCCAAAUUCCCAAUCAUUGCUACAUUGCCCUCUUAGGGAGAGAAAGAGGACAGGAUCCAGCAGUGCUCCCUCAUUCUCAUUCAAACCCUGAUUCCUGCUGAUUCUGCAGAUAGGAGACCAGAAACCAGAGCAAAAAGCCCUACCCAUGGAAACUCAGGCUGAUCAUGUAUCUCAGGAACCUCAGUCCCUGCUGGAAAGUGCUCUUCCUUCAAAAGUUCCUGCUUUUUCCAACAAGGACAACAGCCUUGGGGAUGAGAUGUUGGCAGCUGCACUCCUAAAAGCCAAGUCUCAGGAGUUGGUGACAUUUGAAGAUGUAGCUGUUUACUUUAUCCGGAAGGAGUGGAAGCGUUUGGAACCUGCUCAGAGGGACCUCUAUAGAGAUGUGAUGCUGGAGAAUUAUAGGAAUGUGUUCUCACUGGAUGGUGAAUCAAGAACUGAAAAUGAUCAAGGGAUUUCUGAAGAUGCAGGAUCACAUGAGAUGCUAUUGGGAAGAUUCCAAAAGGAUAUUUCUCAGGGUCUUAAGUUUAAAGAAGCCUAUGAACAGCAAGUUAGUCUAAAGAGGCAACUAGGGAAUUCCUCUGGAGAAAGAUUGAAUAGAAAAAUACAAGAUUUUGGUCAAGUAACAGUUGAGGAAAACCUCACCCCCACAGGAGAGAGAAAUGAGAAGUAUGAGUUUGGGAACAGCUUUACUGUGAGUUCUAGCCUUAUUUCACAUCAGAGACUUCCUAUGGGAGAUAGACCCCAUAAGUGUGAUGAAUGUAGCAAGAGCUUUAAUCGAACUUCAGACCUUAUUCAACAUCAGAGAAUCCACACUGGGGAAAAGCCCUAUGAAUGUAGUGAAUGUGGCAAGGCCUUCAGCCAGAGCUCACAUCUUAUUCAGCAUCAGAGAAUCCACACUGGGGAGAAACCUUACGAAUGUAAUGAGUGUGGGAAGACCUUCAGUUGUAGUUCUGCUCUUAUUCUGCAUCGCAGGAUCCACACUGGGGAGAAACCUUACGAAUGUAAUGAGUGCGGAAAAACCUUUAGCUGGAGUUCCACUCUUACUCAUCACCAGAGAAUCCACACUGGCGAGAAACCCUAUGCUUGUAAUGAAUGUGGGAAGGCCUUCAGUAGGAGCUCCACCCUUAUUCAUCAUCAGAGAAUCCACACUGGAGAAAAACCCUAUGAAUGUAAUGAGUGUGGGAAGGCCUUCAGCCAGAGCUCACAUCUCUAUCAGCACCAGAGAAUUCACACUGGAGAGAAGCCCUACGAAUGUAUGGAAUGCGGAGGAAAGUUUACCUAUAGUUCUGGCCUUAUUCAGCAUCAAAGAAUCCACACAGGGGAGAAUCCCUAUGAAUGUAGUGAGUGUGGGAAAGCCUUCAGGUAUAGCUCAGCUCUUGUCCGCCACCAGAGGAUUCACACUGGAGAGAAGCUUGAAUGUAAUGGGUAUGAGCAAAAGUUCUCUCAGAGUUUCUGCGAAUUAAAUAUCAAGAGAGUCAACAUGAAAGAGCCACACACCCAUUUCCCUCACUUCCUGAAUCUAACGAGCUCUUGCCUUACUUUAUAAACAACUUAGGAUGCGCCCUUCCACCUCAAACUUCGCUUUAGAGAAUGGGGCAAAUUGGUAAAAUCCUGUCAGAGCGAUCAACAAAGUAGUGUGUUUCCCAGGAAUGAUACCAGCCCUGAAAAAUGUGAGGCAAGCGGCAGAUUUAAGUGCUCGGAGUAGAAGGAAGCUUGGGAACUAAUCACCCCUUUUUGGGAAGGGAUUUGCACUAAACUUUUUCUCACACCAGAGGAGCCUUUCCAAGGUGGGGAAUGGAAGCAUACCAGGAACAAAAUUUCAAGGAUUCUACUAGUUGGAGUCUGUAUAGUGAGCACAGAAGGCGGUGGGAAAAAUGUUCUGGGUCCUCUCCUUUGCUAGGACAGGGAAUGGAGGCUGUAGUUCAAAGCCAUUGUCCCUACUCCAGCUUUAAGAUUUGAUAAGGAACAUGCUGCUUCCUGAUUUCAUUGUGAAAACUUGGUGCUGAGGGAUUUAUUUUAUUGAGGAGGGAAAAAGACCUCCCCACUGCCCAAUUUCUGUGAUGACUUACAUCUUUUGGUGCUCUUGGAGCAGCAAGACUGCAUUUUUAAGAGCAGUCUGGCAAUACUGUAUUCUCUCGUCCUCUCUGUUGUAAUGGGACUGACUGAGAAAUCCAUCUAAGCAGUGAAUAACCUGAGGCAGUGGAUCAGAAGCAUUUACCUUUGGCCUCUGAUUCCUGUUCUCCCUUCCUCUUCUUCCCUCUCCUGUGAUGAAAACUUGUUUGAUCCCAACCUCUAGUAACUAAAGAUGCUUUCAAGGAGCUCACUCAGCCAUGUCAUACUGCCCUUUGUUACCUCUAACAUCUGGCCCUGACAGCGGGACUUCUCCAGAUUUCAAUAGCCAAGGAUUAGUGCAAAUAAAGAGCAAAGCCCAGAGAAGGAAGGCUGAGGCCUGAUCCUGGUGGCAGGGCUCCUUGCUGGGAUGGGAAUGGCAUUCCCUGAUUGUUCCCAGCCCAAGGGAUGACCUUGUGUUUUGUUUUCCCAACCUGUUCAUCUUGUAGCAUAAAGUGCACUAUUAAAUGGAAUAGUUUUUCAGAAGGGGAGAUUGAGUGUGUUUUUGUAAAGAGCCAAAUUUAU